GAGGAUCCUUGUUUCCCGCGAUGGGCGGGAAAGAAGAGGGAAAUAGCCCCAAACCCUGACAGUGAAACCCCAUAAUCAUAAUCCCUCGGCGGCGGCGAGCUGGCCGGCGAUGCGGCCGCCGGCGCCCAAGCCCCCACUCGCCACCUCCACCUACAACCAACAGGAACCUCGCCCCGAGAAACCUCUUCUCCUCCUCGCUUCCUCCCGCGCUGCCAAACUCUCCCUCGGCUGCCCCCUCCUCGACCGCUUCCUCUCCGGUGGCCUCCCCGCCGCGUCCGUCACUGAAAUCGCUGGCGAAUCCGCCGCCGGCAAGACCCAGCUUUGCCUCCAGCUCGCACUCCUCGCGCCCCUUUCCCCUCUAUCCUCUUCCUCCCUCUUCCUAUACUCCGACCUCCCCUUUCCCCUCCGCCGCCUCCGCCUCCUCGCCCCCAAAUCGCGCCCCGACCUCCUAGACCACGUCCUUGUCGCCGCCGUUCACUCUCCCUCUGAUCUCCUCUCCCUUCUCUCCCGCGCCCAGCACCACCUCGCCCACCCUAGUCGAUCCCCCAACCGCCUCCCUAUCCGCCUCAUCCUCCUUGACUCCAUCGCCUCCCUCUUCCGCUCCGAUUUCGACGCCUCACCCGCUGACCUCAAGCGCCGGUCCGGGUUGUUCUUCAAGAUAUCUGCAAAACUGAAAGAACUGGCCUACAGGCACCAGUGUGUGGUCGUGGUGACCAACCAGGUGGUCGACGUGGUGGAGGGGAACACCGGUAAUACAGUGGCCUGGUCGUCGGGGCGGCAGGUCAGCCCUGCACUGGGACUUGCCUGGGCCAACUGCGUUAACACCCGUCUGUUCCUAACGCGGGAGGUAGAUGGCAACGGUGGGAGCGUCAAGAGGCACAUGAAGGUGGUGUUUGCACCACACCUGCCAGAGCGGACUUGCGAGUUUGUAAUAAGGAGGACCGGUGUCUUUGGCGUCGAGCCAGCGCAAAGGUAGCGCUCCUGUUCUGUUAUUCGUGAUCUUUUGCCAUGAGAGAAGGCGUGUGUUUGUUUGAUCAUGACUCAUAACCUGUUUGAUGGAAUGUGCCUGUGGGCGAUUCCUUUGAAAACCGGUGUAAGAAGAUUUACUGAGCACCUUGUGCUUGUGAUAUUAUUGACAGUAAAUCAGUAAUACUAAUACACUAUCAUAAGAUGUGAAUUAUUUUUUAGUUGUA